AUGCUGCUCUUCGAGUCGAUUCUCUUCGGCUCGAUCUUCCUGCUCACCACCGUCUGGAUCGGAUGCGGCAAAAAGAAAUCGGCGCCGACGGUGGCGCCACGUGGCACUCCGCCAGCCGCAAAGAGCCCGCUAAGCACGCAAUCGCCCGUCUCGAAAUCGCCGGCGAAGGAGAAGAAGGAAGGAAGUGAAAAGGAGAAAGAGAAAUCGAAAGAGAAAGAGGAAGAAGGAGAAGAAGAGAAGAUGAAGACGAAGAAGAAGACGUCGAAAUCGGGAGAGAAGGAGGAGGAGGAGGCGAAGAAGGAAGAAGAAGCGGAGAAGAAAGAGGAGGGGGAGAAGAAGACGUCGACGUCGAAUGAGAAGGAAGACGAGAAGAAGGAGGAGAAGAAGGAAGAGGAAGAGGAUAAGCAGAAAGAGGAAGAAGGAGCGAAGGCAAAGACGAAGGAGGAGCAGAGUGAGUUCGCAACUACCGUAAUCCCACCGUCAUUACCGUAAUCCUUUCAGUCGCUGCCUCGCCGACAAUUCUGACGUUCGACGCGACGACGACAAGUCAGAAGAAGCUGCGGCUCAAAAAUUUGACCGAUAAGAAGUUGAUGUUCAAGAUCAAAUCCUCGACUACUAAUAUUUACUUGUGAGUGGAAGAGAAAGAGCUAGGUCAUCGGUUAACUUGUUCCAAACGUGGCCUAGCUUUUCCUCUUCCACAGAAAUGAAUAGAACGGUCUAGAAUUCGUCGAACUUUUCAAACUUUUCAGGAUCAACCCGGUGUUCGGCAAAAUCGAGCCGUUCAACUUUGCGGACGUGAUGGUCACUCACAAGCCGUCGGCCAAAGGGGACCACAAACUGGUCAUCAUCACUUCGGAGGUCUGAAGCGGUCCCCGGCUCGGCCCCCCGACAAAAACCGCACAUUUUCAGUUCAUCGGCAAGGAAAUCGAGAUGGCGAAGACGUUCAAACACAUCAAGACGAGCGGCGCCGAAGUGAGUGUGAAACUCGAGGCGAAGUGA